CCAGCCCAAGAGACUCAGAGAGAGAGGAGGAACUGCUGCACAUUGUCACAGAAACCUGGGAAACUUCUUCAGAGAUCUAACAGAGGCACAGGGGUCCCCCUAGUUUCCAUUUCUCAAAACCUUGGACGGAGGAGACUGACGACCUCUUUCUCCCAGUAUGGCGGCGUGGGACCUGUCAGUCACAGUGGAGGACCUGGGGUCUGACGCGCCACCUGUCACCCUUAGCGUGGCCUCUGACCUCCACGUGGGUGGGGUCAUCCUGAAGCUGGUGGAAAAGACACAGAUACAGCGUGAUUGGUCGGACCAUGCCCUGUGGUGGGAGCAGAAGCAGCGAUGGCUGCUGCGAACAGCCUGGACUCUGGAGAAAUAUGAAAUCCACGCCGAUGCCCGGCUGAUCUUCAUGCCCCAACACAAGCCCCUGAGGCUGGGUCUACCCAACGGCAUUACCCUGAGGCUCCGGGCCUGCUUCUCCAGCCCUGCCUUCCAGACCGUGAUGGGCAUCUGCAGAAUGCUCAAUAUCCGUCACCCAGAAGAGCUCUCAAUCCUUCGGCCCAUUGAGGAGAAAAAGAAGAAGAAAGAUAAAAACUCGACUGAGGAGAUCUACGACCUCACUGAGGUGCCCCUCUCCUCGGUGUCCCGGCCCUCUCUGUAUAAUGGCAUGCCGGCUCACUUUGCCGACUCACCUCAGAUGGAGGCCAUCUACAAGAUGCUGUCAGUCACCCAGCCUCCUCCCGCCCCCGAGGUCGUUGCCAAGCAGUACCGCCCGGCCAGCGUGGUAGACAAGGCCCACAUCAACGGCAGGUGGUUGGACUCAUCCCGCAGUCUCAUGCAGCAGGGCAUCCAAGAAAAUGACAGAGUCUGGCUUCGCUUCAAAUACUUUGCCUUCUAUGAUAUUGAACCCAAGUACGAUGUGGUGCGUUUGACCCAGCUGUAUGAGCAGGCGCGCUGGGCCAUCCUGCUGGAAGACAUCGACUGCACCGAGGAGGAAAUGAUGUUAUUUGGAGCCCUACAGUACCAUAUCAGUAAGGUGUCUCAGUCAGAGCCCCAGAUGCUGAGCUCCUGUGCAGCCAUGGACGACCUGGAGACUGCCCUGCAGUCCCUGGAGGUCAAGAUGGAGGGAGAGAGCAGCUCCGCGUCCGACAUGCUGGAAAACAUGACUGCACCAGAACUCAAUGACUAUCUGAAGAUAUUCAGACCAAAGAGGCUGACUCUGAAGGGAUAUAAGCAGUACUGGUUCAAGUUCCAGGAUACCUCCAUCUCUUAUUUCAAGAGCAAAGAGGAGAGCAUCGGAGAGCCCAUUCAACAGAUUAACCUCAAAGGAUGUGAGGUGGCUCCGGACGUUAAUGUGGCAGCACAGAAGUUCCUAAUCAGACUCCUGAUACCAGCACCUGAGGGCAUGAACGAGCUCUACCUGCGCUGUGAAAACGAGCAGCAGUAUGCUCAGUGGAUGGCUGCAUGUCGACUAGCCUCCAAAGGCAAGAGUCUAGCCGACAGCAGUUACCAAAGUGAGAUCCAGAGCAUCGGCUCCUUCCUAACCAUGCAAAAGACCAGCUCUAGUUCCCAUGGCAACGCGCCUGCCAAUGAUGAAAGCAUCAAUACUCACAGUCUGGUGUCGCCACGCUACCAUAAGAAGUACAAGGCCAAACAGCUGACCCCUCGCAUCCUGGACGCCUACCAGAACGUGGCUCAGCUCUCCCUGACAGACGCAGUGAUGCGCUUCCUGCAGAUCUGGCAAGCCCUGCCCGACUUUGGGCUCUCAUACGUCGUUGUCAGGUUUAAGGGCAGCAGGAAAGAUGAGGUUCUGGGCAUUGCUCCAAACCGUCUGAUUCGUAUUGACCUGGCUGUGGGUGAUGUUGUCAAGACCUGGCGCUACAACAACAUGAAGCAGUGGAACGUUAACUGGGACAUACGACAGGUGGCCAUAGAGUUUGAAGGCAACAUCAACAUUGCUUUUGGCUGUGUGACUGCCGACUGCAAAAUUGUUCAUGAGUUUAUCGGAGGCUAUAUUUUCAUGUCGACACGCAGUCGUGCAAAGAGCGACACACUCAAUGAGGAGCUUUUCCACAAGCUGACCGGCGGACAUGAAGCUCUCUGAGACUAAAACGCUCCUGAUCUCCUGUGUGUCUCAGCGUUGGAUUAUGAUUUUACGUUCCAUUUAGGCAACUACAAAAAAUUUCAAAACUGUUCAAAAACAGUGUAUUCUGUUCGUGUAUAAAUGCGUUAAAACCCAUCCAAGUUUUUAUAUAGCCUUUGUUCCACACACACACUGUCAUAAGCUAUCAGUGGACGGACAACAUGUUCAGGACUCUGGUGGUCUUCACGCUGACUAUCCUCUCACUUCUGGAUGGACUGCUGCUGGGAACAGGAUCAGCAGGCUUGACAACCCAACUCAUGGAAAUUUAAAAUCAACAGUUGCAUCAGCCAGCAGCAGCUUUUCUGUUUCGCCUCACAGCAUUCAGACUUCCUGUCGCUCAGGAUAGAAAGCCUCGCUUUUGUCCAGAGCUGCAGCCUUAUAGAAGAUAGAAGAACACAAGAAUCAACAGCAGAACACAUGCUUUUAAUAAUUGUUUUCCCACAUAAAAUUAUGAAUAA